AAGUUAAAAAUAUGGCGGCCAAAAAUCAAUUUUGAAUUCUGACAGCUGUAUGUAUUUUUGCUGGUCUCUUUGAAAGGACUAUUCUUACUAGAAAAUUUAAAUCCUAAUACGUGAUAAUUUAAUCGAGAUAGUUUAUUAUUUAAAGUGUAAUGUUUACUGCGUUUAUCAAUUUGUUUUAACUUGAAUAUUUUCAUUGUAUGCGUUUGUUUUCUUUUUUUCUAUUGUGGUCGAUGAUGUAAGAAAGUGAAGGUUCUUUGGAGUUUUGUGUAUUUGUAUUGUUUUUCUGUGCUUAUUUAAUAUUUUCGUAAUGGAGGGCGAUGAUGGAACACUGGGGAACAAUGAAAAAGAUGAAUAUGAGAGCAGUUCCCACUCUACACCUCAGGAACACAAGUCUUUCGCAGAAUUUGCGAAAGAUAAGUUGGACAGCGCGGGACGAGAGCUCCGUCGACGUCUCCCGAUGGCUGGACAACUUGGCGCUCAUUUGAUGCAUCCAAGACGUUUGCUCUUGCACUCAACACCAACUCAGCAUACUGAUGUUGUAUUGAUAUUUCCUAAAGGCCUUCCCGACAGCAUGUUGCUAUGGUUACUGCAGAAACUCCGCGGCAGUCGUCCGCGGCUGCGUGUGUGUGUGAGACAGCAUGCCUCGUCACAAUGCUCCGCCUUCUAUAUAACUGCUGACGACGACGUGCUUUUGCAAACUGCUGAAGAAGUUCACCUCCCGAAGUUGUUGAAGCCAGAGUUUGGAGGUGGCUAUAAGGAGUUCACUGUACGAGACAUGCAUUGUUUCCAGAAGGGCACGUCUGCGUCGGAAUUGUUAAACUCUCAGGAGCGAGGCGCUCUAGUGAAACACGUGCUCGAGUCGGCUCGCGCCGAGCCCGGCGACGAGCAUGCUCUCGAGCCGGCGCUCACGCUGCGGCCCGGACAGAGUAUCGUUCCGGCUUGUGUCAGCCGAGGGGUUGUCGCCAGUAUGUUUCCUCUUCAUGAUAGAAACGCCCUUGAAAGCCUGAGAAAGAAAUGGGUGAAGACGUUCUUUUCUCCACAGCCAUUAGAUGAAAUAAGUGAAUACUUUGGUGUUAAAAUUGCGAUGUAUUUUGCAUGGCUCGGACAUUAUACCCAGUCAUUGACAGUGCCUGCUGUUGUUGGUUUUCUAUUUUGGAUAUGGUUGGGUACAGCAAAUGAAAAUUGGAAGGAUAUAGCUUAUGUAUUAUUCUCACUUUUCAACGUUUUGUGGGCUUGCGUAUAUUUAGAAACUUGGAAAAGGUAUUCAAAUGUUUUAGCGUACAAAUGGGGAACAUUGGAUCAGAGAGACGAAUUGUUAGUAGAGCCGCGACCACUUUUUCAGGGCGAGAUGGGCACGAGCCCGGUGACGGGGCGGCCGGAACCGCAGUACGCGGCGUGGCGGCGGCGCGCCUGGCGCCACCUGGUGUCGCUGCCCGUCAUGCUGCUCUGCCUCUCUGUCGCCGCCGCCGCCACCUUCGGCUUUCUGCGGGCCCAGGACUGGUGGGAGAGCAACAUUAUAUAUUUCACGUGGUUCCCACGGGCUAUUCUCGCUAUUAUAAUCUGGGUUGAAGAGGAAGUGUACGCUAGAAUAGCCAGGUGGCUCAACGAUAAAGAAAACUAUCGUCUCGAGACAAAGUAUGAGAAUCACCUGAUUGUGAAAAUAGCAUUGUUUCAGUUCGUGAACUCGUUCAUGAGUUUGUUCUACAUUGCGUUUUAUCUGCAAGAUAUGGACAAAUUGAAAGAGCAACUAGCCGUAUUGCUUAUAACAAGACAAGUGAUUGGCAACCUGAAAGAAUCAGCGUUACCAUAUCUCAUAGAGAACCUCAGAUUGGCUAAGAUAUGCGUCGAUGUGUUCGGUGCGAUUAGUCCAAGCAAAAUACCAACGUCAGCUCAGCUGGCCGAGUUAUUCGAGAAGAAAACAGACUCCGGGGAAUUGCCCGAGAACAGUUUAACUAAUGGCGCCGCCGAGAAGGACGAACGCAGAGACUCCGAGCCUAUUGUUGGACAGAAAAUCAUACACCAGGCUGAGUUGGAGUCGCAGCUGUUUAAGUACGAGGGCACGUUCGCGGAGUACCUGGAGAUGCUGACGCAGCUGGGCCACGUGGUGCUGUUCUCGUCCGCGUUCCCGCUGGCGGCCGUGUGCGCGCUGCUCAACAACGCGGCCGAGGUGCGAGCCGACGCCUUCAAGCUGUGCCACGUCGCGCAGCGGCCCUUCGGCGAGCGCGUCUCCAGCGUCGGCAGCUGGCAGCACGCGAUGGAGGCUAUGGUGGGCGUGGCGGUGCUGGUGAACUGCGCCCUCAUCGGCCUGUCGGGCCCCGUGCACCGCCUGUGGCCGGACGCCGCGCCCGCGCACACAGUGCUGCUCAUCGUCGCCUUAGAGCACGUCAUCUUGAUAGUGGUGUUGGCACUCCGCAUCGCCAUACCAGAGAUUCCCGGCUGGCUUGCUACCGAGAUGGCUAAAGUGGAGUUCCAGCGACGGGAGGCCAUCAAAAAUGCACACGCGCCGCUUAUGUCUGAGUGCCCGAGCCAGGACGACGUCCGCACGUCGGCCCGCAGCACUCCCCGCGCGACCCCCGCAUCCCCCGCACCCCCUGCGGCCCCCGCGGCCGCCACGCCCACGCGGACCCCCACCACCCCCAAGGGGACAGACAAGUCCGACCGCCGCCGCAUCAACAUCGGCAAGAUACCGGAGAUACCGCCGUUCAGGCCAAAAGCGGCAUCUAUAACGGAACCUGUCGUGAAUACGGGCUCUCUGCAGCUGUUACAAGAUGUUAGUCCUACGAAGCCUAUACGGCGUAAGGAAGCGGUGGGUGGAGCGCCGCUGUCGCUGCUGGGUGUGCGCGGGCUACGCGACGAACCACUGCAUCGGUCCGCGCACUGCAUCCCGCAGCCGGCACACCACCGCCCACUCGUCAACCCCACCCUGCAGGAAUUGUCGGGUAGCGUGAGCGCUGGCGGUUCGGAGCCGGACUUGAACGCGGUGCCCUCGGCGUCGCCUUCAAUCGACGCUAGCGCCACCUCUAGUGAGGACGAUAAACCUAAAGACAAAGGGGGUCGUUCCCGCGCGAAGGCGGCGCUGGUGAAGCGGGUGCGGUCGGUGGCGGUGUUCUCGCUGGGGCUGAAGCGAGCUCGCGAGGCGGCGGCGGCGGCGCGCGCGCCCGCGCACACGCCGCACACGCCCGACAAGGGCACCAUGGGGCUCCCGGCACCGAUGUUAGGUGGAGAGCUGUCACUAAUACCGAUAGAACAACUUAUACAAGUGGAGGAUGUGAAACGUAAUUAGGUUUUCAUAAGUAAAACACGUGGGGAUUGAAAGCCGAAAGUGGCGCAGGCAAGAAAAAUAAGGAAGCUUAAAAACCAUAUUGAGAUUGAUUGAAAUAAUAAAACCCAUAUUGUUCACUUUAAUGAAUAAUGUAUCGUGAAAACAAAAUGAAAGAUUUGGCGUUUUCUUACUUCUUUCAUACAUAACAGUGACAUUAUUAAGGAUAUUGACUUCGAUUUAAUCUCAUUUUGUUUUUAAGCUUCUAAAGAGCUCCGUAGACGAUCAAGCUACUUGAGAAUUGCACUAUAAUGUCGUUUGUAGAACAGAGACUACUCAGUCUUUUAUUUUACAGGCGCCAAAAGAUGCUUGAUUUAAUCUGUUUGAUCGUGUAUGGAGCCCAUUAGAGGAAGGCGUUAACUGAUAAUUAGAGUCAUAGAGUUGUUAAAUGACCUAGCAAUCAGUCCUUACUAUUUAUACCGCCUUGUUUUUAAUCCAAUUCAGUAUUAGAAUAAUUUCGCGACUAAACAAAUGCCGUACUUAAUGUCGAUUGAUACACAACCCAUCAUGUAUACACUACAUUGAAAAAGAAAUUUGCAACUAUUAAAAACAUAUGUGGAUAAUCAUACAACAGAAUUAGCAUCGAUGUUAACUAGUAUUACAAAUGAUUGUUACACGGAUAUAUAAACCACACUGUUAGACCAUAGAUAGACAUAGAUAGGCAUAGACAACGUAAUGUUUUUUAUUGUUGCAUAAAUUAAAUAGUGGCUACCAAUAUAACGGUACCAAAUGACAAUUAGUGUAUUCUGUAUGUGUAUUAUCGAGUUUAUAGAUAUCUUUUACAAUGCCCAUUACAAUUUAUGAGUAAAAUUGGGUAUAUAGUAGGUAUAAUUGAGAAUGGAUUACAUCACAAAAAAAGUAAUUUACCUUUAAUCCGGGCUAAAAAUUUUGGAUUAAGAACAUUUGUGCUGUAGUGUUGCCAGGUUUACAUUAUCUGUCAGUUUACAAAAAUAUUAUAACAAUGUUGCUAACAAUCGUCAUCGUUAUUACAAUGUAUCCACCGUCGAUUGUUCAACAUAGGUCUCGCUCAUACUGACUUAUUGCAAUUCUGCAAUUUGUCAAUCAAUCUCGUGAGGAUUGAUUGCCUGUUUCAGUAUCUUAAAAAAAAGGAGAUUUCAUGCGCCAUUUUCACCUAAAUAUAUUAAAUAUUGCUUUUAUUGAAUCUCUAUUAGCUGAACCCAAAUAAAAAAAAAUUGUCACCUCUAUAAAUUAUUGAUGCUCAUUAAUUCCUCUCUUUUCCCGAGAUGACAUUACAAAUAUAAUACAAAAUUAAUUACUACCUCUUUAUAAUAUUGGUUAACAUUGAGAAAUGAUUUGAAAAAUCGACAGGUAAUUUAGACGCUGCCAUACUACGUUAAAAUAAAAAGAAAAAUUAACGUAGCGUGUAAUAAAAAAAAAAAUAUAAAACGAUUUCCUACUAGAAAUGUAAGGUUGGUAUUUAGAAACAAUUGUUCGAGCAAUAAGGGCCAUUGUAAUAGAAAUCAAUAAUAUAAUUUAUUGUUAAUCAAUGUUUUUUUUUUAAUUAGUACAAAUUGUAGAGGUGUACUGACUGUAAAAAGACGGGUGACGUCAUGUGAUAAACGCGAAAGGGACAACAUGUAAGUUAAAACGGGACGGAUUUUUUAAGUGUUUUAAAUGUUUCGAUGAGAUUUUUUGAUGUUAGUGACAUUAUCACGCGAGUGUUUCACGGUAAUUUUUUUUUAAGCUUUUUGCGUAGAUACAAAGCAAUUGUGUGACAAUAAUUUGGAGUUGCUGUUCGGAUAUUGGGUGUACAUAUAAUUUGCUUCAAAGUCUGGCCGCGUUAUGUGAGAGUAGGUGAAUAUAUUAACAGAAACUAGGAGAAAUGUACGCAUUCACUACUUGACAUAGUUAGUCUUUCAUGACCACCGGUCAGUGGUCAGUUAACCACCAAUACUUACCAACUAAUAUAACCAAUAAUGCCCAACAGGGUCCAUAAUUGAAGUUGAAAUGUUAUCUGCUAAUCACAUUAUGGAAUGCAAUAAGAAAUAAAUAAAUAAUACGGGCAAAUUUUUAUAGGAAAAAUAAAAUACAUCCUAAUUUUAUUACAAUUACGUUGAAAUAAAAAAGUUUUAAAAUUAAUUCUCAAUACGUUGAAAUAAAAAAUAUUUCUCUAUUUAACAUAGACAAGGAAAGGAGGUUAUGUAAAUUAGAAAAAAAAAUCUCUUAGUUUAUGGUACAAUAUUGCCAGGUUAUAUAAGCAGCAGGCAUAAUUAGGUGUUAGAAUGGUCUUUCUGACUAGUUUUGUUUCAUAAUUAAAUAUAUAUAAUAAGAUAACAUUUCUACUAGUUUCCUGUUUAUAUUAUAAGUAAUAUUUCAAAUUA